UUCUGUAUAUCGGUAAAAAGAAUCAGUAGAACUUGAUCGUGAUCGUGAUGGAAAUUGUGCGAGAAAAUAAACGAGCUGAAAGGCUAAAAGAUAGUCUUUCGUGUCGCUUUUGUUUGUCACAGGGCGGACGCCUUAGUUCCAUUUACGCAGCACCGGAACAGAAUAAAACAACACCACUUGCGCUGCAAAUAAUGGCCUGCGUGGGAAUCGAGGUUUACAGUGAUGAUGGCAUGCCGGGUCUGAUUUGUGAACAUUGCCGCAUGCUUAUGAAUUAUUGCUACCAAUUCAAGCAGAUGUGCAACAACGCAGAUACGCAGCUCAAAACAUUCCUUUCUACGGGACUUUGGCCUAAGCAACUAUCGCUGCCGAAAGAGUUGGCCACAUUAUUGCCGAAUUUGAAACAGCAAUCACCACAUCGGUUAACGAAAUUACAGGGAUCAUGUGCAGUGUCAGGGAGUAUGGAAAGUCCAAAAGAAAAAACAAUCAAUAUUGUUAAGCUAAGUCCUGCUGAUCUUAAAAAUAUAAAGCUGGGUCAGAAAAUUAAUUUAGAAAAUCUGGGAUUGUCAACUAUCUCUGGAAAGACCGGGACUGUACUGUCUGUAGACAACGAGGAUCAUGAACCGGUCCACGUUCCACUUUUGACGUCCACCCCAAUAGUAAAGCGAACAGUAGCAGAAUUUGUACGCCUUAGUGAUGCAUCCAAAACAGAUGAGCAAGAAAAAAAGCAGAGUUCUAAGCCGCCAAAGGUACAGACAAAUAAAGUUUACAAUGGACCAGUGAUACUGAACAAUUUGGUAAAUUCCGUGGUUCCGAAGGUCGAGGAAGAAUUUGUAUCUACCGGCGAAGGAACGGUAGAAAUGAUAAUGACCUACGAAUCGGAACAAGAUCAACUCACAAACAAAUCGGACGUGUUUCCGUGCACCGAAUGCCAAAAGACGUACCCAUUAAAACAGCUACUCGACAUACAUGUUUUAUCACACAAACGGGAGCGCAAUUUUCCCUGUGACCAAUGUGAAAAACGCUUCUUUUCCAAGUACGACUUGGCCAAGCACACAGCAACGCACACCGGUGAACGACCGUAUAUUUGUGUCAUCUGUCGAGCAUCUUUCUCGCGAUCCACUUUGCUGACGCGUCAUCAAGCGAAACAUAAGGACGAACCGAAACAUGUGUGUAAAUUCUGUGACCGUACGUUUCUUGCAUUGGACGAAUUAAACAAGCACAUUGAAAACCACGAAAAAAUUCGUCCCUUCAAGUGUACAUUCUGUCCUAAACGAUUCGCGUACAAGCAAGGCCUGGAAAGGCACGAAGUUGUGCACAAGGAGAAACUACCUUACCAAUGUGAAUACUGCGAUCAAAGCUAUCUGACUGCGGGCAAGCUGUCCCGUCAUUUGGCAACACACGCCGGCGAUCGUCCGUAUCCGUGUCGGUUGUGUAAUAAAUCGUUUCUGCUUAGCCAUCAUCUGUCGCGUCAUCUGCGUAGGCACAACGCAUCCGGACAGAGCGAAUACAAAUGCGUCGACUGUAAGGCACUGUUAAACAGUAUGGGCGAGUUAGUUUAUCAUUCGGCACAGCAUGCGAUGAAGAACCUAAUUUGUCCGCUAUGUCGCGAACCGUUCGAAGACGUGGAUAAGGUCACGGAGCACAUAAAAUCACACGCGGAACAGCUACAUUAUGCGUGCGACUAUUGUGAUCUGAUGUACACAAACGAACAGCAAUUGAACAAACAUUGUAUGCAGAAUCAUGCAGACGAGCUGGCGUACGAACUACCGGAAUAUCAAUAUCAGCUAGUGCUGCCGGAUGAAGGUGUUGAUACCCAAACAAUACCGUUAGUUGAAAAAAUGAUGAAGAUAGAAUCGCCAAAUGUUGCUUAUGUACCGGAAGUGAACAAUACGGUUACGGAGUAUGAACAUAUGGUGGAAGAUGGCAUAUACCACGACAUGUUUGUCAAAGAAGAUGAAUCGACAUUAGUUCCCGAUCCGCUAGACGAUUCGGAAACUUUUGAAAUCACGGAAAUUGAAUUGAGGACCGAAAGCCCGAAAGAGAUACGUACAAAUGUCCCUUCCAAACCAACGCCAACUAAAGUGGCAAUAAGAAAAGAAAUAACAAAAACAGCGGCUCCAACAACGACGACAAAAACAGUCACAGCUGCAACGGUAGCCAAACUGCAUCCCCAUGUUACCGUAACUUCAUCACAACCAAACAAAUCUAAAACAGUGGUUCAAUCGGAGGAGAAGCCAUCACGUCAGCAACGUAUGGAAGAAUUCUACAAACGUAACCAACAGGCUGUGGAAAAGAAAAUGGCCCAGAAAAAUGUAGCGGAUGUUUUGAAAAGCUUACCAAAGGGUGUAACAGUAACGAAACCCACCUCAAUUACGACAUCGAGUGACUGUAAUGAAGGGAUUAAGGCAGAACAAUUGGGAAAAGAAACAACCGAAAAUAUUAAAACGUAUGCUGCUGCUGUUCCUCCAUCAACAAUUAGUCCACAAAAGCGAGGUCCUGGUAGACCGCCAAAGGCAAAACCAAAUAUCGCAACAAAAGAUGUAACAGCGAUUGUGAACAUGGCAAAGAACAUUGAUCCACAACCGAGUGCAGCACCGAAGCAAUCUGUUCUUCCGAUAAAGACAGCAAAACAACAAUCACCUGAUGGAAAAAAAGAGUUGAAGCGAAGCGCUACUGCCAUAGAGAUACCCAAAGAGCGCCCCAAAAUAAAAAUACAAGGACAAGAAAAUUCGUCCAAGCCUUCUAAAACUGCAAACACAAAGUCAUCGUCCAACCUGGCCGAACCGCAGUCAUGGAUGAUAAAAAGAACGUACGCACCAAAAGAAUCACAAACCGUAGGUAAAAAGCGUGCUGCAGAAAAGUGUACCGAAGACUCAGAAGAUGUGGCACCGAGCAAACGGCCAGCGCUGAGCCGAAAAACUCUCAACCCUGCUAUGAUUCGUAUAAUGAGUGAUAAAGAAAAGGCCAGACAUCAUCCGAUAGAGGGAGCGAAAGUUAGUACAACGAUAAGUUCAACUGCCGGUACCAAUAAUAGCGCGAAUCUGAAGCGAGUUUCAAAGUCGGAAGUUGCAAAAGGCAUACCGGUGGAGAUGAAUAUCGGGGGUAAGACGAUAAAAGUACACAAAAUCAGCAAGGAGGAAGUGAUUGGACGGGCGUCUCAAAUGAAGGAAAAAUCUUAGGGUUAAGGAAAGUAUGUUUGUCUUUUUUCUUUAAACAAACAUAGGGUUUUUUUGUUUUUGUCAACUGUUUGCAGGAUAUGUCAUUAUUUAAGUAAUCUAAUAAUGGUAACGGUAGUUUAAUAACCCCACGAAGGAAAGAUAAGAAACAAGUACAACCGGAGUUAAGUUAGUUUAGUCAAAGGAUAGGUCAUCGACAAAUGUAUUCUUUUCUAAUUUGAUUACUUAACUCGUUUCCAAUUUAAAUUUAAAGUCGUUAGAUUUAGAAUAAUUGCACGGUAUGGCGUUGUUGUCAUGCUUGCUAUCAUAUUUUCUGAAACAAGCAAUUUAGUUUUAUCCUUAUUUAGCUGGCAAAAUAUUCCAUUACAAGUAAGCAUAAUGAAACCAAACAGGUGUAUUAUCCUAGAUUGUUGAAGCAGAACUAUGAAUAAAAAUAUCCCUCUUAUGCGUACGUUCUG